AUGUACCCAGGCCAGGGUACCCCGAGUGCCAUGGUAGUAUCUAAUGUACAUGUACAUGCCCUCAGAGUUCAAUUUCCCCUUUUCAAAAAGUUUGUUUUAGAGGAUGCAGACAUCAACCUUUGGAAUAAGCAGCGAUCUGGAGUAAAGAGCCGUACAUCAAAUAAGCUCACAUAUAUGCCCGACUAUCAGGGGUAUGCAUGUGUAUGUACGAAACCUGCUUUGGACUGGGUACAUGAGCUGCCAUAUUCUGCAUGCGCUCGAUGGGGAUUGGACGCCGGCUAUGCUAUUCCAAGGGUCUUUGGAAUAAUGCCUCGUGCACCCGAAAAUAGGGCCAAUGAGUUGGCCCACCCAACCUCGGAUUUAGUUGAUAUGUCAAUCAUAUCUUCGGGACAAACUCCGUGUUCGAAAUAG